GUGGACUCGACCUCAGUUGGGCUCUAGACAGUGACGGGUGAGGGUGUGACGUCUUCUGUCCUCUAGAAACUCUCUCGCUCUCUCUAAAAAGAAAUAAGUGGAUUUUAAAACCUCUUAAAGUGUGUGUGUGUGUUCCUCAUCACUUCUUAACGACACUUAACACCGUGUGAUGCAGUAAGAUGAAGACGUUGGUGUCUUUGCUGUUGGUGGGCGUGGUGUUGGUGGGCGUGACAGAGGCUCAUGUGGCUCUCACCUUCCCCCCCGCCCGCAAAUAUGACCUGGACUUCCUGGACAGCGUCAGGACACAGGGGCCUUGUGGCAUGCCUAAAGGUGACAUCAGGACAACCCUACUGAAGGGGUCAUCAUUUAACGUCAGCUGGCACUUGGCUUAUCCUCACCGUGGAGGUUUCCGUGUGGAGCUGUUAGAUGCCCAGGAACGACCCCUCACUGACCUCACCCCUGUCACUGCCUCAUCCAAGUUCCUCGCUGAUGAUGCAACAGCGCAGACGUUCAGGAUCACUCUACCAUCUGAUAUAGAGUGUGAAGGCUGCACCAUUAGGCUCCUCCGUCAGGCGUCAGAGUGGGGCAGCAAAUAUCAGUUCUGGUCCUGUGCUGAUGUUGAUAUUCUCAAGAGAAACAGCUAUCGAGAAACUUGUAGUGGUAACGGCCGGUACAUGGUGUCCAGGUGUCGUUGUAACAAACGCUUCUAUGGUCCCCGGUGCCAGUUUGAGAAUGAGUGCGAGAAUAAUGACCACUGUGGACUGUUUGGUCGGUGUGUUGACGAGGCGGCCACCACAUACCCGAAGAAGAAGUGUUACUGCCGACAAGGCCGGUUCGGUCGUAAAUGUUCCCAAUCGUCGUUGGUGACAAACCGCGAAAUCGUUAACUUUGAUGCGUACUCCAAGAAAGAGCUGAGUGAUAAGAUGACCAUGUACUGGAGGAUCCUGGGGCUUGAGGGGGAGAUAGAGGUGGUGCUGGUCAACAACGGGUCCUCGUACGCUGCUGUGGGGUGGAGGCCUCAGGGACUGACCAAGAAGUGUAAGGAGUUCCCAUAUAUCCCAGGUACAGUGAGUCCCGGUGCUGCAGGUAUUCAAGCUGAACCCAAACCCGAGGGUGAGCCCGAACCCGAGGGUGAGCCCGAACCUCAGGGUGAGCCAGAACCUAAAGGUGAACCCGAACCCGAGGGUGAACCUGAACCUGAGAGCGAAGCUGAACCUGAGAGCGAACCGGAAGCUGAAGCUGAACCAAAUGCUGAAGCAGAGGCUGAACCUGAACCAGAGGGCAGCCACGGAGGAGCACCAACUCUCACAGGUGAUGUUAUCUCAGAUAAUGUCAAUGGACUGUUGCAACCCAGAGGGAAGCGGGACACACACUCGAGGCCUGCUCGGUUUGCUGUCCCGGUCUUGAAACCAGCGAAGUUAACGGGAGGGACGGAGAGUGUGAUCAAAGAGAGUGCUUAUGCUGAACCCGAAUCUGAAGCUGAGUCUGAACCCGAAUCUGAGGCAGAGUCUGAACCCGAAUCUGAAGCUGAGUCUGAACCUGAACCUUUGAGUGGCGCUUCACCUUUUGUGCCCAAGGCUGAUUUUCAUGCCAUGGACUGUACGGAUAUCGUGAUUGGGGUAGCAAACGGACACCACUACCGCAUUGACGAUUAUUACACCCGUGAUCGAUCCACCCCGAGGUUGGAUACAUUCUGGGGAGGUGACAGUUCCCUCACCGCUGCCCUGGGUUGGGAGACCGAUGGUGUGACAACUAUUCUCUUCAGGAAAAAACUUGAAGCCACCCAUCCAACUGACCACUCCAUUUCCGACUCCCUGAUGCACGUCAUCUGGGCUCGGGGUCAAGAGGCGGGCAUGUACGUCCACUCCCCCACCUCAGGCCUCGAAACGGGCUCUGCCAGUGUACCCGACUUUUACCGCCCCGAUGAAAUCAAAUACCACGGCAAGCAAGGCCAAAGAGGCGUUGUCACGAUGAACUUAAUGGAGGAAACCUUAGCCAAGACAAAACCAAGUACUGACGACGUCACCUGGUGUGGUGAUCACCGCAAGAUCCCCGGAGACUGUACACCCGGGGUAGACUGUGACUACUACGCCAAGUGGGAGUACUUUGAGAAUACCGAUGAUAUCAAGUUUACAAUCCAGACCAAACACACCAACCGCUGGAUGGGUAUUGGCUUCUCCGACAACACCAGGAUGGCCCUGACUGAUGCGGUGAUUGGAUGGGUCGAGCGAUCGGGUCGAUUCUUCAUGUAUGACGCCUGGUCCCGCUCCUAUUCUUCCCCUAUUGUGGAUCCAAAACAGGGCAUCAGGAAUGAGAGUGGCUCUAAUGAAGAUGGCAUCUCCACCAUCAGCUUUACGAGGAAGAGGGUGUCCGGGGAUAAAGAAUAUGACCUGAGCUUCACCGACGACCAGUGCCUCUACAUGAUUUUCCCCGUGAAGGGCGGCAUCGUCAACUAUGUGAACAAGAAGAUCCGCAAGCACGAAGCCACACCCAUAAUAUCCUCUGAACGCAUCUGUAUCCGUUCCUGCCUCAAGUAUGGUACGGCUGGUGGGCGGCCGUUUGUGUACACCACCACACCGCGUCCAUCCCUGCUGAAGUACGAAGUUCAACUCUUACUGACGAACAUUGGUGAUAAUUACAAAAUUCCGGAGCAGGGCUCAACAGCGUGGCGGCUGCUAAACGAAAGAGUGCAAGACUCUCUGGGAGGUGCACUUGACAAAGUUCCUGGAUACCAAGCGACUGAAAUUAGCAGCUUGAAAUCUGAUGGUAAAGGGAACUUGGUGACCACGUUGCAAGUUAUACUGGACAAGGACAUUCAUGAGGCUGAAGUUGGUGAAGUUCCUCCUCCUAAAGGUGAUACUAAUGAAGUAGGAAAUGAGUCGAUGGUGAAGAAGGUGCUGCAGGAGUCUGUCCAACAUGGGACUGUUGGUUCCCUGCAUGUUGAUUCUCAGUUCCUUCGAGUCAGUCAUCUACGAGCUUCAGAGUCGUUAGGGGAGAAUUCUGUAACACACCUCGGGGAGGAGAUUGACGACGGCACGAAUCCAACUAUCAGGUUCCUGAAGGUCAACAAGGUGUGGAUCAUUGUGGCCGUCGUAGGGGCGUUGCUGCUGAUCGCGCUUAUGCAGGCCACCAUCAUGAUUUUCAGGUCUAAGAAGAAUAAAAGUCCACCUGUAAGCACCAAGGAGCGUUUAAUCACCAACUCAGGCUGGAAGGACUAUAGCCAAGGCAACAUGAAUUAUGCCUAUGAGAGUUUUGAGACCGAGGAGAAUGGAGUGAACUCACGUCGCCAGGGGAGCAGCGGCUCCUCACGUCCUAGUGUUCCUCGUGGCUCAUACGGUAAAUCUAAUGGCCAGAGUAAUGGAUAUAAUGGAGGGCCCAAUGGCCAGCCAGCACACCCUGGACAGCAUCCAGGAGGCUACGGCGGAGACACGCGGUCUCUUCAACGUCCACGCAAUGCUCCUCAGACGCGCCUCGACCCACGCGGAACUUAUUCGCUCCCGAGGGGCUCUACGACUUCUUCUCUGCCCUCGUACAAUACUGCCAUGCAGGACAUGACUCCAGACUUCUACUACCUUCCAUCUCAACGCAAAUAUUCAGGUGAAGUUGUGCGUGUAUAUGUUGAUUAUAACCAGUCUAAGUAAGUGGGAGGUAACAUGUAGACAUUUAAAAGUAUUGACUGAUAUUAAAGAGAUGAACUUUUAGAGCACAUAAAUACUGGAAAAUGUUGUUUGAACUAUUAUAAAUUUGAUUGUAAAGAUGUAUUAUAAGAUAAUUGCUGUUGAAGAUGGACACCUUGGUGGUGAUGUGGGAGACAUUAAGUUUAGCAGCAGGUGCUGGGCAGUUUGUUGUGGUAGUAUCAUGACAUAGACCACAGCUGUCCAGGAGUGUCACCCCAGUAGGUUCAUCACUGUGAUAAUAGCUACUGUUAUUUGACAGAAUCUAAAGACACUGUUAACAGGUAGAUUAGCAUCUGAUUUUUAUGAUGGCAUCAGAUGUGUGUUUCCACGCUUUAAGUUGUGGAUAAAUGCUCUAAAGGAUACUGUGUUUUGUUAUGAAUUUUUAGUAUUUUUUUAGAAUUGUUAAAGCUGAAAAUUUUUGACAGAACCAUCACACUAUGUAAAUGUUUCUUGUUCUGGAAGUGUACAGUACAGUACAGUUCUUUAUUUUAUAAAUUCUCAAGACUUUUAGAAAAAAUGAUGUACAGUACUGUAUAUUCUGUUGUGGCUCCUCUCCAUAGUAUCACUUGUAGGUAAUGAAGGUCACAUCACUGGGCAUACAAUACAGUACUACAGUAUAUGCUGGUGCCAGAUAUUGUGCUGUUGAGAGUUUGGCUUAAAUAAUGAAACUGUUCACUGGAGUUUCUUUGCCUAGCCAUCAACGCUACCAUUCAGAAAUCUGGCUUAGUAAAUACUUUUACUUAAAUACAUAUUCGAAAUUAUGUUAAUUUUAGUAAAAGUUUAUGUAAUUAGUCAUUAUAUUGCAGAUGCACGUAUAUAAGUGAAAGUUGACUCACCUUCAAGAAAUUGGAGUGAAUUUUGCUCAGACAUCAAGUGUGUUUGUCUAGGAAUAAUAAAAGCUUGGAGCCAGCCUCUGUCCUCACUUCCCACCAGCACUAUGGUCUGUUCCUCGUCAACACUACGGGUCUUCUGGGUGGAAACGGCCCCACGAGCCUUCAUCAUCACUGUUUUUGCUCUACUUUAUCUUGUAUAUAACUGUAUCUCUUUUUCUAAUUUUAUUCUGCCUUUCCUUUGUUACUUUCUUCAUAUCAUAAUUUUUUACUUAUUCUCCUUAAAAAUUUAUUUUACUAUUUGAAUAUGCCUUAUCAUUUAAUGGACAUUACCUUGCCAAGAUCAUGAACGUCACAGCACUUGUUGGUGUGUAAGUCAUGUUCCUCUAACACUGUCUUGAGGUUUUUUGUUUAUAUACGUUUUCCUGAGUUAUAUGGAUCAAUAACCACCUCAUCUAUUCACUACUGUACAUACACAACUAUUUGAAAUUAUCUCUACCUAAAAGAAUAUAAAUUUGAAAAUACUGUUUCAAGAGCUUUUAGGCUGCUUGAUCCUCCCAGAACAAACACAGUGAUAUCAGUAAGGCAUUUGGCAGAGUUUAAAGAGACAUCAUUGGGCACGGAGAGGAGUUACUUCGGUCAUAAUAUAUACUGUAUAAACACAUAGCAUAGCCCAUAUUUUUUACUUUAAAUGGCUCAUAUUUAUUAUUUUUAUCGUGUAACAUAAGUGGCCUUUACUGGUAUAGUCAGUGUGCCAUUCUUCUUUUUUCAGAGACAGAGUUGCAAAUGUCUGUUUUAUUAAUAUACAGGGUGUCCAUAAAUGAUUACCCUGAUUAAAGCAUGAGAGCAUAAUGUUUUAGGGUAAUCAUUUAUGGACGCCCUGUAUUUUAGAAACUCGUUGUAUACUGUAUAUAGACUCAUAGUUGCAGAGUAGUGUAAAGAAACACAUUAACUGUACAUAGUUUGUGACUUGAUUAUGACCCUCAUAUUGUUGUAUAGACCCUGUGUGUGUACAGUACAGUGUAUAUAUACAAUUUAUGGUCAUUGUCAUUCUAACUGCAUAAGUCAUUUCUUUUUAAAUGUGUAGAAGAAUGUAAUUAUCAUUAUAUUUAUUCCAUUCUAUGGGAUACAUUUGUGUUUUUUAAAACUUGUACAAGAUACUGCAUGUUGAGCCUUGUGUCGUGCUUAAUGUUAUAGUGAGGCAGGACUGUUAGCUUUACCUGGACUUGUGAAGGUGGUUCAUGGAUUUGAUGCUGUAACACCUAACAGAAAUUACCUGAGCAGACGCCAGCCAUUGGUAAAAUGUUUGUUACUGGUUUCAUGGGGCCACUUAGUCAUGGGAUUCUUCAUUGUUCUGGCAAGAUGAAUUCUCUUUUGCAAGUACUACUGUAAUAAUAGAUAAUGUUUGAUAUUAAUUAAUAAAUUCUGCUUAGUAGCUGUGCACUAUUAAAUUCCAGGAAUUUCAAUGCAUAAUGUUCAUUGAUUUAAGAAACAGGAUGGGUGGGAGGGGGUGGGGUGGAGGCAUAGAGGGAGUGACUUUUUUCCCAAAAAUCGUAAAAUGCACAUAUCCCAUCAUGCUGUAUGACUCAACAGUGCCAGACAGCCAAGGUUAUCCUGCUUUAGGUAUUCUGAUAACUCUUUUAAGGGAGACUCCUGAGUAUUAGGUGUAUUUCACGGUCAUAUUCACCAUUUCAGUAAAAAAAAUAAAAUAAAAUAUUUCAGGAUGGGCUUUAUAAUUACCAAGUUAUUUAAUAAUUUCUGGUUAUGGCACAACUUUGUGGCUUCACUGACAACAGGUGAACAGGUCCACCUUAAGAUCAUUUAGGUAAUUCAUAAUAAACAGAAGGAUUGUAAUAGUCUUAUACAUUGAGGUAAUUGUGGUCAUGAUGUGUUGUCAAUAAUAUCAGAGUCUGAACCAUUAAAGGUGAUCUUACUUAUGUUGUAUCGUGGAUGAUUUGAUAUAUUAGAGGAUUUUAAUGUGUAAAUAUUGCAUAAAUGUUGCACGAUGCCUUUGCUAAUUGGUCCAGUUCUAUGUAUAUCACUGUAAUAUUUUUAUUAAGAAGUAAAUAAAUGUAUAUAUUUUUGUAUGAAGUCAUUGGACAGUAGGUAGAGGCUCUUUAUUUUUUUCUCUUAGGGUAUUUCUCCCCUUCAGUCUUGACAGAAACACAUUCUUUAUGUGUCGUCAAAUUUUAAACAUCAAAUAUUAAUUAAUCUUUCAGUACAUUUCUCAACCGUUGUAUUAGUUGGAGAACAAUUUUCUUGGACCAUGUUAUCUUGCAGUGUUUAGUGACAAUAUAGGCAAAAUUUGUCUGGGAAUGUCACAAAACUACACAGUACAGUACUUGAAAUUUGGCUGAAGAAACAGGUUGACUUCUAGUGCAAUAACUAGGUAGCGGUCACGGCUCGCCUCACCUCACGCUGCCUUAAAUUCCAGUGUGAGGUGUUGGUGGCUGGAGCUGUGACCAUCGCCUAAUGUACAGGGUCUCAAAAAUUUUUAAAUACAUCUCUUUGGUUUACAGGGCAAUUAUGUCAUGUGAAUGCUUGCUUGUACAGGUAUUACCACAGCAACAUUGUCCUCACAUGUAGGAGACCUCAGACAUCAACAAGUGAGGACACUGUAGCUGUUGUAAUACGAGCAUUCAUACGAUCACCACUGAAAUCUAUAAGACAGUGUAUAUACAUUUUUUCUGAGGCACCUUGUAUAGUAAAGGCAGACGAUACUUGACCCCUUGUGCAUACCUGCUGUACUGUACAUAGAAGACAUAAUGCACUAAGAGGUGUACUUUAUUUUGACAGACCUCUAUUGAACAAUGAUGAAACAUUGUAGUUAAUUGAUACAGUAAUUGUUUGAGGUCUUGAAAAUUUUUAAUGUAAUUUUUAAAGUUUUAGAAGAAAAUUGUUUUAUGUGUAAAUCUGAUAUUUUGUAUAUGAAUAAAUAAAAUAUGAUAAUAAAGAUUAAAGGCCAGUUAUUAGUUAUUUAUUUAUAUAUGUAAGAGUGAAUGUUUUGGUAGCUAUAAAUAUUCAUAGUUAUUACCACCAAAAUACCAGAUAUUAUACUGUACUUUAUCACAAUAGACAUUACUGAUAAAGAAUAACAGCCUGAAAAAAAUCAUUAAAAACAUUCAUCAAAAUUAUAGAACACAAGAUGCUGCAUAAAUAUUACAGUAGAAAUAAAGAGAAGCAAUACAAGUGAGGUAACACAUAGGGUGGAGUAUUAUCACAACGUUGUGUCUUUUCUCUUUUCAUUUUACUUCUCAGGACGUUGUAUGUUCUUAUAUAUAAAUAUAUAUAUUUUAUGUGUGUAUAUGUACUACCUACAGUAUGCUCUGUUCACCAUAAUUACAUUACCAUGUACUGUACUUAUGUAAUAAUAAAUGUAAUAGUUUG